AUGGCGGCCGUUUGGCUGCCACUGGCGGUCAUUAGGCGUACGCUCACGGUUACUGCUGUUUGCAGUAAGGUGAGUCAACAAGGAAAUUGCUCGGAGGUUGAACGAGCUCACGGAACUGUUAUAGCCCCCGUUCGGUGCGGGGGACGGGAAUUAAAUAUGGGACGCGAGGUGGCUAAUGGAUUAGAGGCAGAUGAGGACGAGCCGAGGCGAGCGACACCUUAUGGCGUGCAAUCGGAUUCCGCACAUGUGCCUAAUGCUGCCUCUGAUGAGAUUCUAUUUGGAGUACUCGUAGCGCGCCCAGAAAAAUGU